AUGGGGCCCAGACCAGUGGACUAUUUGGAUCUAUAUUUGAUGCAUCAGGCUUUGGAUUUUAAACCAGGCGAUAAUAUUUUCCCAAUAGACGAAAAUGGUCAAGUGAUUCCAGGAGAUGCUGACUAUGUGGAUACGUGGAAAGCAAUGGCGGAAUGUUACAAAAAAGGACUCGUCAAAUCAAUUGGAGUAUCUAAUUUUAAUAGGCGACAGAUCGAAAGGCUUCUUGUAAUGACUAAAGUUGUACCAGUCACAAAUCAAGUUGAAUGCCAUCCCUAUUUGAGUCAAAAGAAACUCUUUGAAUUUUGCAAAUCAAAAGGAAUUACAAUUACCGCUCACAGUACACUUGGAGCCCCGGGUAGUAAUUAUGCAAAGCCAAACACUCCAAAAGUAUUGGAGGACGCUAAAAUUAAAGCUAUAGCCCAGAAACAUAAUAAAACCCCUGCUCAAGUAGUACUCAGAUGGCAUAUCCAAAGAGGCAUAAUAGCCAUCCCAAAGUCGCUAAAUAAGAACAGGAUUAACGAGAACAUUGACAUAUUUGAUUUCCAACUUACUUCAGAUGAUAUUAAACAGAUCGACUCUAUGGAUUGCAACGGUAGAAUGUUCGCUUUAGAAUGGGCUAAAAAGCACCCCUACUACCCUUACAACGAUGAAUACUAAAUUGUAUAAGCAGUAUUAUAAG